CCACCCACCCCUACCUCCAACGAGAAAAGUUACUGAAACGCAUGACGUGGCGCUCCUCCACUUGCUGCGUGACGCACCGUACUCCGUAGCAGAUUUAUUUCUCGGAGCAGUCCCUUUUUUUGUUUUUUGUUUUUCUUCUCCUCUUUACCACUUGAAAAAGUACUGCUCGUCAUUUGGUAAAGCCUUCCACUCUCUGCCGCGCUGAGCUUCGGUAAUUCUUGGAUCCGUUGCUCUCAGGCGCGCCCUUUUGUUUCCUUUCUCGUCUUUCCGUGUAAGUGUGGAGGAAGGAAAUAAAUUUUGGAGUUUAAGGACAGCCUGAGAUGUCUGCACUCUUCAACUUCCAUGCGUUUUUAACAGUAGUGCUGCUGGGAAUCUGCGCCUGUACUUAUUUGAAGAUGCAUUUUCCAGCGAUCCUUGAACAGAGAACGGGGUUUCGUGGUUUCUUUUGGAAGGCAGCUAGAAUAGGUGAGCGCUUGAGCCCAUGGGUGGCUGUUGGAUGCUUUACCAUGGGUGUGUCAAUCAUCUUCUUCUGAGCUACAUCUUAUUGUAUUCAGAUGUAAACUUCAUCUGUGUUUUCUUUUACUUUUUUCAUAUGGAAAAUCUAUCCAAAUUUGAUACCAAAGGAUUUGUGUGAUGAGAAUACUGUUUCACCUAGUUGGCAUUUUUUUCUCA